AACGAGCACACGAGAGAUAUUCAUGCAGGAUGAUGAUAUUGGGGACCCGGCCAAAGCUUCUGUUUAUGUUUUGAUGGCAAUCAAAUUUGAACUACUUCAUGCCACAUACAUGCAUACGUUGACUAAUUUUAAAGCCAUUCACACGCGCCCAUACAGACACACACACACACACACACACACACACACAUGCACAAUUAUGAUUAAGAAUCGCAUUAAAGUCGCCAAAAACAUUUGUAAAAUAAAACUGUUUACUGCCAGCAAAGCAAACCAGCUGCUGGCUAGUUGGCUCUGCCUCUUCUCCGACAAUGGGGCAUCUCCGAUUGCAACAGCAGGUGGAGUGUAUCCUCUUGCUUGGCGCAGCCAGUCGUUGCUGUCAACUCGUCGCUGCAAGAUGUGCAAGGGUCUGGGCUUCAGCACCGGGUUUGUGGCGCUCUGCGCAUUCAUCUGUUGCUUUGGUGCGCUGCACAUGCUCAAUAAGAUCGUGCACAUCAACGAGGAGGUGGCACUGCGCACAGAGUACAAACUGCCGCCAGAUGAGAGCGAUCGCUGCCAGCGGACAUUCAUUGUGGACGGUGCAGGUAAUGCGCAUAUCACCUGGCUGGAGCUGUUCUAUAUGAAAUGGACGCUAGUGCUAACUAUUUUCUAUACAUUCAUUGUCAUGGUCCUCAUACGAGCUCAAUACUUGAGUCACUUUGAUAUUAAUUUCAUUACCUCCAAUGCGAUGAUGCUCGUUGGCGGCGUCCUCUCUGUGGUCCUGUUCAUUGCCACUGUCAUACUGCACGAGCGUAUGCCCUUCAUGGAGGUCUGGUGCAAUGAGUUUAUCGUUGGAUUCAUGUACUUCAUAGCCAUCAAUAUAUGCGUGGCUGUCGUCUUUUUCCUCAUCCACUCCUGUCAAUAUUACUUUCAAUUGGAGGAGCGCGGUUUUUGAGGAAGAAACUCUUUUUCUAUAACUGAGAUUGAAAGGGUUGAAAAUGUUUCGAAUUUAAUAUUAGGUAAAUGACACUAUUUUCAAGGCAAACUUAUUCGCGCGAAAGUAAUCUGUAAAAAUGUUCACAAAUUAAUUUAUAA